AUGAAGCUGUGCGGAUCGUUCCUGGUGUUUCUAGUGUUCCUCGCUGAGUCAGUCAGCGGUUUGUACAAUGUGUCCGACGAUAUCUCCGACCGUGCGCCCUCGACGGAGGUAUUGCGCAGGAAGAAACGGUUUCUGCUCUUUCCGCCCGGUGCGAACAUGCUGCUCACCUCAUCCUUCGGCAAGGGUUUAGUGUUUCGGGGACCGGCCGGUUACAACGUCAUCGGUGAGCUCGAUCUUUACUAUCCACUUCCGGACUACAAAUAUCAGGCAUCGGCCCUGAAACUGGGCAAGAUCGCCAUGUAUCCACCGGAACCAAAGAAGCAGCCACCGCCACCUCCACCACCACCACCCCCUCCACCACCACCAAUGAUGCCACACGACCACGAACACGAUCAUCACGACGGAUCGGAACUAUCACCGGCGGAAGUGGAACAGUAUCUGAAGGAUCAUCCCGACACCUGGGUACCACCGGGUUGGGGUGAAGAACGAGCCGAUUGGAACGUGGAUAAUCCUUACCAGUACCGACCUGCCGUGCAGUCCCCUUAUUGGGCUUCCUCGAGAGUUGAUGGCUACGCGCCGGCGCAAAGCUCCCCGGUACUCGAUCGAUAUCUGGGAGGGGCUGGAGGGGUUCCCUCGCGAAACUAUUACGGAUGGAGUGAACGUCCCCAACAGCAGCAGCAGCAGCAGCAGCAGGGCCGUUACCGUCGAUCGGCGAUGCUUGAGGCGGCAUUGCAGGCCGAGGAAGAGGAAGAUCGUGCCCGUGCCAAGUGGCUUAGCGGAGAGGCGUUCAACAUUAGCCAUCACGCGGAUUGGGAACACUUCCAUCAUUACCGCGAUCGGAGGGCCCUGUUCGGACAUCUUGAGGACACAAUCGGUUCGAUAACUGGUUUUCACAUGAAGGAGUGCAUUCUGCGGAGUAUCUGCGAGGCCAAGAAUAUGCUUCCACCGCCCGGACGCUCGAUGACGAUGGAUAUCUUCCGGGUACUCUUCAGCUUCCCCCUGAACGAGGCCCUCGACGAUGAUUACAGCAAUGCGAUGCGCGAUGUGAACGUAAACUGUGGCGAACGGUACGGUUCCGGAUGUCCCAUGAGCUUACUCGAUCUGGUUUUGUUCGGAAAGUUUGAAACGUAG